UAGCGUCUUAGAGGAACUGCAUUUCCGCUUCUGUUUUCCGCUUCUUCAGGUUGAAAGCUCUGAAGGUGCAGUCAUGUCGGGUUUCAGCCCCGAGCUCAUCGACUACCUGGAAGGGAGGAUCUCCUUUGAGGAGUUCGAAAGGAGGAGAGAAGAAAGAAAGGCACACGAGAAAAAAAGUCUUCAAGAAAAAGGAAAGUUGGCAGCUGAAGAAAAUCCAAAUGACUCUGAAGUUCCAUCAUCAUCAGGAAUUGACUCUACCAAAUCCCAGGAUAAAGAUGGCAAUGAAGGAGAAACUUCAGAUGGAGUCAGUAAGUCAGUUCACAAGGUCUUUGCUUCCAUGCUUGGGGAGAAUGAAGAAGAUGAGGAAGAAGAGGAAGAAGAGGAGGAGGAGGAGGAAGAAACACCGGAACAACCCACUGCAGGCGAUGUGUUUGUAUUAGAGAUGGUUCUCAAUCGUGAAACCAAGAAAAUGAUGAAAGAGAAAAGGCCUCGAAGUAAACUUCCCAGAGCUCUCAGAGGCCUCAUGGGUGAAGCCAACAUACGCUUUGCUCGAGGAGAACAUGAAGAGGCAAUAUUGAUGUGCAUGGAAAUCAUAAGACAAGCUCCACUGGCUAAUGAGCCAUUCUCUACUCUUGCUGUGAUCUAUGAGGACCAAGGUGACAUGGAGAAAUCACUGCAGUUUGAUUUGAUUAGUGCACAUUUAAAUCCCAGUGAUACUGAUAAAUGGGUUAGACUGGCAGAAACAUCUCUGGAACAAGACAAUAUUAAGCAGGCUAUUUUUUGCUACACAAAAGCUCUUAAAUAUGAACCCACUAAUGUCCGUUAUUUGUGGGUGCGAUCAAGCCUUUAUGAACAGAUGGGAGAUCAUAAAAUGGCAAUGGAUGGUUAUAGGCGUAUUUUGAACCUUUUGUCACCAUCUGAUGAACGUUUUAUGCAGUUGGCUAGAGAUAUGGCAAAGAGUUACUAUGAAGCCAAUGAUGUUACUUCAGCUAUUAACAUAAUUGAAGAAGCUUUCUCAAAACACCAGGGUUUAGUCUCUAUGGAAGAUGUUAAUAUAGCAGCUGAACUGUACAUUUCUAACAAACAAUAUGACAAAGCUUUGGAGGUAAUAACAGAUUUUUCUGGGAUUGUGCUGGAAAAAAGAACAGAAGAAGCCACUUUGGAAGAGAACAAAGCUGGUGAAAAUGUUACCUGCACUAUACCUGAUGGUGUGCCAAUUGAUAUCACAGUGAAGUUGAUGGUGUGCCUUGUACAUCUUAACAUCCUGGAACCACUUAAUCCUCUGUUGACAACACUAGUGGAACAGAAUCCUGAAGAUAUGGGAGACCUCUAUCUCGAUGUUGCUGAAGCUUUUCUGGAUGUUGGCGAAUAUAAUUCUGCACUCCCUCUCCUUAGUGCACUAGUCUGCUCUGAAAGGUACAACCUUGCAGUCGUUUGGCUUCGACAUGCAGAGUGUUUAAAGGCCUUAGGUUAUAUGGAGCGUGCUGCUGAGAGCUAUGGCAAAGUAGUCGACCUGGCCCCCCUCCAUUUGGAUGCAAGGAUUUCACUCUCUACUCUUCAGCAGCAGUUGGGUCGUCCGGAGAAAGCUCUGGAAGCUCUGGAACCAAUGUAUGAUCCAGAUACUUUAGCACAAGAUGCAAAUGCUGCACAGCAGGAACUGAAGUUAUUGCUUCAUCGUUCUACACUGUUGUUUUCACAAGGCAAAAUGUACGGUUAUGUGGAUACCUUACUUACAAUGUUAGCCAUGCUUUUAAAGGUAGCAAUGAAUAGAGCUCAGGUCUGUUUGAUAUCCAGUUCCAAAUCUGGAGAAAGGCACCUCUACCUUGUUAAAGUGUCAAGAGACAAAAUAUCAGACAACAAUGACCAAGAAACAGCGAACUGUGAUGCAAAAGCAAUAUUUGCUGUACUCACAAGUGUCUUGACAAAAGAUGACUGGUGGAAUCUUCUGUUGAAGGCCAUAUACUCCUUAUGUGACCUAUCCCGAUUUCAGGAAGCUGAAUUACUUGUGGAUUCUUCAUUAGAAUAUUACUCAUUUUAUGAUGACAGGCAAAAACGCAAAGAACUAGAAUACUUUGGUCUCUCUUCUGCAAUUCUGGACAAAAAUUUCAGAAAAGCAUAUAACUACAUCAGGAUAAUGGUGAUGGAAAAUGUCAACAGACCCCAACUCUGGAAUAUUUUCAAUCAGGUUACCAUGCACUCCCAAGAUGUGCGACAUCAUCGCUUCUGUCUCCGUUUAAUGCUGAAAAACCCGAGUAAUCAUGCCCUGUGUGUCUUAAAUGGGCACAAUGCUUUUGUGUCUGGUAGUUUCAAGCAUGCACUUGGACAGUAUGUGCAAGCCUUUCGCACCUACCCCCAUGACCCUCUGUACAGCCUCUGUAUAGGCCUGACCUUUAUUCACAUGGCAUCUCAGAAGUACGUAUUAAGGAGACAUGCCCUCGUUGUGCAGGGAUUUUCUUUCCUUAAUCGCUACCUUAGUCUACGUGGACCUUGCCAGGAAUCAUUCUACAAUUUGGGCCGUGGCCUUCACCAAUUAGGACUGAUUCAUCUUGCAAUCCACUAUUACCAGAAGGCUCUGGAGCUUCCUCCACUAGUGGUAGAGGGUAUGGAAGUUGACCAGUUAGACUUACGAAGAGAUAUUGCCUACAAUUUGUCUCUUAUUUAUCAGAGCAGUGGGAAUAUUGGAAUGGCUCAAAAACUUUUGUAUACCUACUGUGCUAUAUAAAACACCUCAACUGGAAAAGGAGCAUUGGGUAGCUGCGGUGUGUGGACCAAGAGUUUCUCUCUGUAUUUCAUUUUUAAUUUGCGACAAUGAUCUUUUGGUUAUACACAAAAUUACCGUUCCUUCAAAAAUUUAUAUAUUGGUUUCCAUUUUCCUUUAGCACUUUUUAGUGAAUUUGACCCCAAGCUGAUGUAAGCAAUAUUAGCUUUAUUGUCAGCCUGGAGUUGAAUGCAGUAAUGCUUUCCUUCAGCUUUUUAUUCAGCUGUGUAUUUCAUACCAUAUGUUAAACACCUGUGCUGUAGAAGGCACUGUGAUAGGCAUUUAGAUUACAGAAAUAAGGGAGAUGUGACCUCACGGUACAGAUAUUCAGAGAAAUGUUUGCUGUAUUUCUACAGACGUCAUCAUUAUCAGUUACUGCAGUUUUGGUUUCUUGGCCCAAUUCCCAUGUGCGUGUGGAUGUGCUGACGCUUCCUUUCCCUAAGCAGUGAGUUUCAGACACCAGUGGAGUGUCCAAGAAUUCAACUCAGUCCUGACACUGUCUAUCCAGAAAUUUCAGGUUGCACAGAUUAAGGGCUCAGUCUCCUAAGACCACCCUGUCCUUCAUAUUCUGGGUGCAGAUCAUAGGUGAGACCAUGCUUCUGACCAACUAGCUGUAUACCAGAAGUCCCCAUAAUCCUCCUUAUAUUUCAGAUUCUAUUUACAAGCGCAAGUUUUUAUCUGUGCUGGCCAACUGACUAUAAAUCACAGGGUCCCAGGACACCCUCCUCAGGUUCAGUUAAUUUGCUAGAGUAGCUCGCAGAACUCAGGAAACCUAUUUACUCACUGAAUCACCAACUUAUAAUGGAGGCUAAGGGAUAUGAACCAACAAGCCAGAUGGAAGAGACGCAUAAGGCAAAGUGUGAGGGAGAGGCUCAGAGCUUCCAUGUCUUCUCCAGGGGUACCAGUCUCCCCAAAUAUUUACAUGUUCGCCAACCUGGAAGCUCUCAAACUGCCCCCCACUCGAGUUUUUAUUACAUAGGCAUGUCUGCUUAAUUCAUUGACUACUGGUGAUUGGACGCUACCUCUAAGCCCUCCACCCCUGUGAUCAGGGGUAGGAUGGCAAGCUCCACUUUUUAUUCUAGUUGGCAUCCCUGGUAACCAGCCCAUCCUCCAGUAUCUUCAAAGGUUACCUUCAUGACCAUAGCAAAAGACAGCUUUAUCACAACACUUAGGGGAUUCCCAGGGGAGUUGUGAAUGAAGAUGAAAUGUACACGACAAAUAUAUAUUUUGGUCAUUUGAAUGGCCAAAUAUAUUUUUUGUAAAUCUCAAUAUCACAGUCAUCUGUGUCUUAGUGCCCUAUUACUAUUGUAUGGGCUUUUUUUGGGGGGGAGGUGUAGAGAGAAAAGAAGGAUGCUUAUUAAAGACACAAAUCAUGACUUUUUCUUAUGUCAGCACAAUUAUGUAACUCACUUAGCUCCUAACAGAAUUAUUUAGAAUCAUGUGGUGGAAAGACAAUUAAUUGAUAACACCUUUUACUUUUCACCUGCAUGUAUGUUAGCUAGACAGAUGUACCUGGGAGCUGGGAAAACCAUCCAUGGUAAAAAAAAUAUAUCAAUGUUUCUGACUUUCUGAUAACAAAAUAGAAAAGAGGACCAUGUUCAGUAACAUGACUUGCUUUCCAUUUUAGAAUUGCUGAGAAUGUAACCUGGACUAGACAAUUGUAUAUAUGGAAUAAAGUUUUGCUGAUGAAGCAAAACAAAAAAAAGACAAUAACCCGUUACCUCAAAUAUUUUAUAUUUAAGGUAAUCACAUUCACUAGGUAUGCUCUGGUUUAGUAAUAGCUUUUGAGAGUUCCUUUUUAGGGGAAAAUAGAUGAUAAAAUAAGUGUACAUAAGGAUCGAAAGACCCAGCCCAGUUGUGGGAAGGAAGCAGGUAUGUGCUUAGGAUCAGAGACGUGGAAUGGGGCUUUCAGCAUUUCUUAAACACUAUUUAUACUGUAUAUAUAACUUUCUAGUUGAGAAGGAGAAUUUGUAUGUAGUAAGUAAAUUGUUCAUUCUGUAUGUGAGUAUGUAUGUGUGCAUAUAUAAUAAAAUUUAUAUUUAAAGUGUG